AUGGACCCAGAUUCAUUGCUCGCAGAAAAUGCAAUCAUUGUUUCAAAUGCGACUUGUGGAGAGAAAAAACGUGAAUAUUAUUGCAGACUGGUCGAACACGCUGGAUACGAUUUUACAGCUUUUAAAAGGACGAAGCGUCAAGUUUUUACUUAUCCACAAGACGCUCGCACAUACAAGGACGCUGACGGUAGCUUAGUUGAGUGUAAUUAUUGUGACGCACGGGAUCCAAAUCUUCGUCAUCCAAUCGAAUACGCUGUUUCCGGUGAUUCCAAUUUAUGGUGGCAGAGCCCGUCUCUGGCUGAGGGUCUUCAAUACCACGCGGUCUACCAAAUUGUCUUCGUUCUUCUACGCAUGGGUGAUUCCCCUCGACCAGCGAAUUGGGUCCUCGAAAAAUCGAUUAAUGGACAGGCCUUUCAGCCCUGGGUUUUUUUCGCCGAAAAUGCUUACCAGUGUUAUACGCUUUAUCAACCUAUGGUCAACGGCACACUUCGCAUUACCAGCGACUCCCGUCCCCACAAACUGGGAAAUACUGAGGUUUAUUGCACAACAUACUUCAGCCAACCGCAAAAUCUUCAAGCAGGAGAGAUCAUUAUUCCGCUAACGGUGGAUCGUGAGGGCGCCUCAACGUCUCGCUUUGAAGCAAACAAGCCAAUUGAUCCGGAACUUAUAGAUUUUCUUUCUGCUCGAUUCGUGCGUUUGAGGUUCCAAAAGCUGCAGACUCUCUCAGGUGAUUGGAUGACCCUUAGAGAUCAGCUUGAUCCAACGGUAUACAACAGGUAUUAUUAUUCGAUUCGAAACAUCAAAAUUGGCGGAAAAUGCAUCUGCAACAGCCAUGCCAACACCUGUGGACGUCAAAUUAUCGACGGUGUGCCAAGAGCGGUCUGCGAUUGUCAGCACAACACCUGCGGCUACACUUGUGAGCGAUGCUGUCCGCUCUUCAAUCAACAACCCUGGAGGCCUGGUGCUAUGUGUGAAGAAUGCAAUUGUCAUGGAAAGGCUGAUUCCUGUGUGUACAACCAGACAGUGGCCAAUCUUCAACUCAGUCUUAAUCGCUACAACGUGCGUGAGGGAGGCGGUGUCUGCAUUGGAUGUCGGGAACGAACCACGGGUAUCAAUUGCGAGGACUGCAGUCCCGGUUACUAUCGUCCCCUGAAUGUCGCGCCAGAGGCUAAGAAUCCCUGUGUCCCAUGCAACUGCAACCUGCACGGAUCGACGGGCGUUUGUGUCUCAAAUGAUGCGAUGAUGCCGGAGAAGCAACCUGGUGACUGCAUUUGCCGCGAGGGUUUUACAGGCCGCCUCUGUGAUCGAUGCGCGGAGGGCUACUACGAGUCGCCCAUCACGCCCGGCGAGUGUCUCAAGUGCCCCUGCGACGUUGCCGGUUCUCACAGGGGUCAGGGCUACCGCUGUCAGCCGCCGUGCAACUGCAAACCUAACGUGGAUCCGGAUUCGCUAUGCAAGGCCUGUUUGCCAGGACAUUUUAAUCUGGAUAACGAAGAUCCGGAGGGUUGUCAGGCCUGUUUCUGCAUGGGAUUAAGCAAAGAAUGUCACAGUGUUUCGGUAUCAACUGCCAGAGUCGAUACUCUAGAUGGGUGGAGUCUCGUUGUGCCCCCAUCUCCUCGUUCGCUGCCGGUUCCCCCAAUCAGUGCCGGUGCAUCGGUGGAGGCGGCAGCUUCGACUCGGAUGCUCCGCAUAAGCUCCGAAGACGCCGAAUUCUCCCUCGGUCCUCCCGCCGCUGAACCGAGCCACGCCACCUACUGGAGCGCUCCUACUAUCUAUCUAGGCAAACAGCUCACUGCGUAUAGGGGUUACCUGGAGGUCAUCACGCGCUUCGCUUCACCGUCUAUUCGCUCCACUGCCGCUGUCGCUACUUCGGUGUAUGAUAACUACACGUUAUCGCGAAUCUGGAUCACCGAGCCGGAUGUUGUGAUUGAGGGUCACGGAAUCCGUCUAGGCUACAGCCCAUCACCAGAAAACAGACAGAUGCAUCGCGUUCAGCGAAUUCGCCUACAUGAGUCAAAUUUUCGCGUGUUGGUUGAGGCAGGCAGUGGCAAUUUGGAUCGCAUUCCCAUCCACCAAACGCAAGCCAUUGGCACUGAAAGACAGCCAGCCUAUUCGGCUUCCACUUAUGAACGAGGAAGACAUUCUCGAAACCCAGAGAAACUCACUGAACUUCUCCUUUGCAGCAAUAAUAGGGUGGACUACACGAGAGCCGGGCGACCAGCAACCAUUGUGGAUGUUAUGGCGGUUCUCUCGAAUGUGACGAAGCUUUAUGUAAAGGCGCGAUACACUGACGAUCAAGCAUAUUCGGAACUCCGUCGUGUUGCUAUGGAGCGUGCAGAACGCAGAAAUAACACCCACAUUUUGCUGGAAGGGAUCCGCAGCGUGGAGGAGUGUCGGUGUCCUCCAGGUCAUCGGGGCACCUCCUGCGAGGAAUGCGAGACAGGCUACUGGCGUGACCCAUCCAUCGCACUCGCAGGUCAAGGUCAGGAUGGGGCGAUUGCAGCUUUUCUUGGCCUAAUGAACCCCAUUUAUCGACGUGUCUGUGUACCCUGCGAAUGCAAUGGAAGGGCGGAUACGUGUGAUCCGAAUACGGGACACUGUCUGAACUGCAAGUACAACACGUAUGGACGAAAUUGCGAACAAUGCGCACCGGGAUUCCACUUGGAUCCGACCAAGUUUGGAUCAGACAUCUGCCAGCCCUGUGAAUGUCCCAGCCUCUCGAAUCAUAAGACCAAUUCCUGUAUCUCCCUUUCCGGCAGAAGUUUGGGCUCUUUCGGGUUCCCUGUUGAAAAGCCUUAUGCCUGUUUAGAUUGUGAAGAAAACACCCGAGGUCAAUUCUGCGAGGCCUGCGCUGAGAUGUUUUACGGUAACCCCCUAUUGGGUCAGCCUUGUCGACCUUGUGACUGCGGCCUCAUGGCGAUUGGUUGUGAUGGCAUCACUGGAGAAUGUCGGUGUGGCUACCACACCACGGGUCCGCGAUGCACCGAAUGCGAACCUGGCAGUCACGGUGACCCUCUGCAAAGUGAACCCUGCACUCCCUGCAGAUGCCAUCCCGUGGGUAGUCGGAGCAUCGAAUGCGAUAAGGAGACAGGUCUGUGCCUCUGCAAGCUCUUCUAUGAGGGGCGACACUGCGAUCGCUGCGUGUCGGGUCGGGGCAACGUAGACGCUGGCUGUCCGUUUUGCAACUGUGACCCACUGGGCUCCCUGCCUCUCACCAACGGCUCGUGUGAUCCCGUCACGGGUCAGUGCUACUGCAAACCUGGUGUUGGAGGAACGCUCGAAUGUGAUAGAUGUGAUGACGGGUACUACAACCUCGGUAUUAACGGCUGUCAAUCUUGCGAGUGUUCAAAUCGUGCGCUAUCAACUUCCUGCCACCCAACCACUGGUCAGUGCGAAUGUGGCGAUAACGUGGUUGGUCAAAAGUGCGAUCGUUGUCUGGCGGGCUAUUACUGGAAUGGAAGCGAGCCACACUGCAUCUCCUGCGAUUGUGGUGCCGGGUCUCUAUCCACCAGUGGUUGUGACAUGUUCACUGGCCAAUGCCGCUGCGCGCCUUUCGUAACUGGUCGACGCUGCGACCAAUGCGAGCCGGGAUUUUGGGGACCUUCGCCUCAGGGCUGCAAACGCUGUCCCCAAUGCCCGAGUGGUCGAGUAUGUGACCAACUUACUGGAAAGUGCAGUUGUCCCAGAAAUACAAGUGGAGAUCGGUGCGAGACAUGUGUCCCCAAUUCCUACGAUUAUAACCCCAUUUUGGGAUGCAAAGACUGUAACUGCUCAAAGAUCGGUUCGGUGAAUGCAUUGGGUGGCUGUGAUCUUGUAACUGGCCAAUGCACUUGCAAGAGUGGUUUCUCCGGUCGCGCUUGUGACAAAUGUGCCCCCGGUUAUUACGGCUACCCCGAUUGCAAGCCUUGCAUGUGCAGUUUGGAAGGAACUCUUCGAAAUGCCAGCAAUGGGGAUCAGCUUGCCUGCAAUCCCGAAACUGGUGCCUGUCUCUGUAAGCCAAACGUCGAGGGAGAGAAGUGUGAUCGGUGCAUCCCAGGAUCGUUUGGACUAAGCGCUGAUUAUCCCCUCGGUUGCUAUGCUUGCUUCUGCUUCCCAACCUCGAAACCUCCACAAUGUGAACAACUCAAGGGCUAUCGAUCGGUGCCAGAAAUUCCUCGAAGACUUCAGCUGGUGGGAACGGACAAUCCGUACAUGCCAGGUGGCCCUGUGGUUGACCUCCAACUAACUUCAGAGGUCAGCACAGGAUCCAGCCAGUUACCCGACCUGACAGUAGGCCAAAGCCAAUUUAAGUGGCGCUUUUCAAAGAGCAUGCCAACCUUCCUUAUACUACCCGACGUGAAGGGAACCUAUACACGAAGCUACGGGUCGAUAUUGGCGGAGGUUCACGUAGACUGCCUGCCAACGGCUAGCUGUGGCUUUGAGACGUCUGAGGACAAUACAAGGCUGGAGGCACGCUGGGUGCCCUCCGCAUAUCAAACGGUGUUAGAGGACCCCCAAAAAGUCUUUGCUCGGAUGACCGCUCUCAACGGCCAGCUUGAGUUUGAAUAUCAGCCCCAGAAUCCACCACCGCAUACUCCGGUGCCUGGAGGGGAUUUGGUGGCGCAGUACAACACAAUUUGGAUGCGCGAAGACGACUGGGUACUCACCCGCAUCAACACACAACACCUUCGAGUGCGCCCCAGUCGGGCGGCCCUCAUGCUAGCCCUCGUCAACAUCACCUCCUUCUCCGUCCGCUUGGCUUUACCUGGUAUUCCACUCAAGGCGAUAAGUGUGAACUACCGGACGAGGACAGCAAAGAGCGAGGCGCUAACUCAACUGGGCACGCCGAUCACCACGAUUGAGACUUGCGUUUGCACUGACUCGGCUAAAGGCGAUCACUGUGAAAUGGCCGACAAGCUGAGUUACUUCCCACCAAUCGUGAUUAAACCCGGUCCUGAUGGCACCUUCUUCGACGAAAUGACUGAUAUCUCUAAGCCCUCUGAUAAUGACUCCAUUCCUGCUGGAGGAAAGCCCAGCUUCAGUUUUGAGGGCGGCGGUGUGUUGGAUUGUGAAUGUAACGGAAUGGCAACAGAAUGCGAUCAACAAAGUGGCUUUUGUAUAAACUGUGCGGGUAAUACUGCCGGAGCGCACUGCGAAGUCUGUGCUGAGGGAUACUCUGGCGACCCGGUCAAAGGCGUCCUCUGCGAAAGAUGCCGGUGUCCAAGCGAAACCGCCAACUAUGCAAAGACCUGCUAUUCCAUCGGUUCCUACGGUCAACAUGUUUGUGAAUGCCUGCCGGGUUAUGCGGGUCAACUGUGCGACCGUUGCGCCACUGGUUACUAUGGCGACCCAUUGAUGGUGAUCCCCUGUAAACCGUGUGCAUGCAAUCCGGCGGGCUCAAGACAUCAAAAUUGCAAUAUGAAGACCGGCCAAUGCGCCUGUCUGCCGGGUGUCAGCGGACGACAGUGUGAUGAGUGUCCAGAGGGUCAUGUAGUCGAUGCCGGACGCUGCAUUGAUUGUCGUGGCGAAUGUACAGGUGAAUUGCUUGAACGCGCAGCUGAAGUAAGCACCGAAAUGGAUGCAAUCGACCUCACGGAGCUGGCCCGUCGAGGCUUGAAUGACCUUCAAAAUCGAGCAAAACAACUGCUAGAUCGGUAUAACCUUACCGGCACCCUUUACACCGAACGCGAACUUCUCGAACGUGCCUCCAAGAUCACUGAUGAUUUGUCCCGUAUUUCACUCACCAUGGUAACCACGCUGCCUGCUAGCAUAAAGGCAAUUGAUGAAGCUAGCUGCAACAGCACAAAUAACACUGCCCGUUUAUCACGGAAGCUUGUGGGCCUUGAGCGUCGUUUCAAUGAAUGGAUCCAGUCGAUGCAAAAUUUCCGAUCUGGUCCCGUGGACGAGGCUCUCAUUCAACAGUGGCAUCAGCAGGCUCGUUUGAUUCGUCAGGAGGUUUCACGCAUUGACCUUCAACCCACCAAUGAGUGGGCGAGUGAGAUGCUUGAAGCUACCAGACAAUUGGAGGAGCAGUUGGCCGCAAUUUUAAAACGUACAUCGGGAGUGAACUAUGCGGUCAAAAUCGACAGAUUAGAGUACUACCAAAAGAUGCUAGAUUCUCAUUUGAACACCCAAUUGGAACGACUUUAUAAUAUGGGUAAUCAAACCCAACAGAAAUUGGAUGAAAUUUUGAGCAUUCAGGAGAUGAUGGAUAAUACCAGUGGCAGCGCAAUUGACAUGAUCCACUUAAAUCAGAGUAUUUUCGAAGAACAAUUGACUAUUUUAAAAAACAACGUCUCGAACUUCCAGACUCCGACUCUGAGUGAACUAAACCGACUGGCUGAUCUCUUGGAGAAGUCUCAGCCUUUUAACCAGGUGCCAGAUGCUGUGCCUCCGGAGGCGAUAAGCAAAGCUCACAGUCUGGAGCGUGUUAGUAACCGCAUUGUGGCAGCGUUGGAUCGUGAUGGUGUGGAUCGGACGCUGGAGGUACGCGAAACCUACAAGAAUAUCGAAGACACCCUCAUGGAGGCACGUGCUAUCACCGACGAGGCGAUGCGUGCCAUAGAGGCUGUUGGUGGUGAAGGCGUCUCUGCGAGUUCUAUUGAAGCCUCUCUUGCAGAUAUUCAAAAGCGUCAUGAGAAAACAGUGGAUAGAGUACAACAUUUAAAUGAUCGCCUGAAUGACGCAAAGUUGAUUGCCGAUGCCAAUGCGGAUCGUUUGGCAACGUUGAAGAAGUCGUUUGCUGACAUCAGCGUAGUGUUGAAACGCACCCUGGAGACCUCCAAACUCACCAAAGAACGCGUGAAUGGCCAACUGUCUCCUCUGGUGACUCUUACACGACCCAAACUGGAUGCUCUUACUGAAGAGGUGAUGAAGGAGAGAAAAACUUUCAAUAGGAUUGACAAAGAGGUUCGCGCUAUCGAAAAACAGUUCAAUGAGAUAGAAGGCACUGCCAACAUGGCUGUCAACCAGGCCAACUCCACUCAGCGCAGCCUAUUGGAGAUGAUCGCCAAGACAGAGGAACAAGCAGAGGUAGUAGAUCGCAAAAUGGCGACAGCGAGGCGCCUUGCCUCACUGGCACGUUCGCUGCUGGAUCUCACCUACGGCAGUUUGGGCAAAGACCCCAUUCCUCUGCGUCUUAGCGGUGGAGAUUGCACCUACACGCUGGUGCCUUACCACACUACUCGUAGUCGUGUUUUCGACCUCGAAUUCUGGUUCGCUCCUGCACUCCUGCGACGAAGCUCAACCUCCUCUCCUAUAACCUCCUCCGCCACCGGUAUUCGAACAAACUCGGUGCUGCUAGUCGGUAGACGCGCCUUCCUUGCACGAACGAGCAUGUUUGCGGUCACUGUGGAGCCGAACAGGAACCUGAGAUUUGCUUGGUCACAGCCAGAUGUUGUGGGUGGAGAGCUGGGCAUUGAGAUUGGACCGCUCAAUGGAUCUACGACCAAUAGGGUUCGAGUGAUUGGAGUGUCAGGCCGAGUGGAUCUUUACCUCCAAGAGGUGCCAAAAGACCGCGAAACUCUCGACGGCCUACCAACUCGCUUGGAGACCUACAUAGAAGAAAAUGAUGGUGAAUCACUGCCCACGGGACUUCUUUUGGAUAAUCAAUUGGAACUGCGUGUCGGUGGGGCCUUCCAUAGCACUAGCACUUCGGAAUUGAACGCUCCACCUUUAGAAUCCUGGGGUGAGGGUGGUGCUGAGGAGAUGUGGAGACGACUCAUGAAGAUGGAGCAUGCAAAGGGAUGUCUUUACGAACUAAAAAUUGCCGGGCAUCGGUUGGGUUUCCCCGAUUUUGCUAAGGCCGAUCCGGCUUGCUUGCAGCAGACGGAGGACUUCUGUAAGAUUCACACAAAUUUCCGCCCCAUCGUGCGUGAUGGCUACGUGUGGGAGAAGACAGCUGCUCUGGAGACAGGACUCACUAUUACCCCCAGUCGCUCGAGGCCAAGAGAAGUCACAUCUGCGGAGGUCUUUCUCGAGUACAUGCAGCUUCACGACUUCGCAGCCACUGACGCCUACGCACGCAUCACCAGCUACGAUCAUAUCUCGCCCUGUGACCGAACUCUCAAUAUACAUUUGCAGAAACUGGCGCCACAGAUAGCCAACAGCAUGGUUCUAACCUUCUACAAUUACCGUGAAGACUACGGCAUCACCGUGGAGAGCAAAGGCUACGACCUUUUCUGUAGCCGUUGGCACGGUAACCUCAAGGGCGGUAUCAGUCACCGAACGCGUAGCAUUCGGCCAAUUCGGGUGUCUCCAAUCGCCUCCAAUUACUGGGCUCUUGAAGAGCGAGUGGCAGAGGACUGUGCAUUGGCAAGGGAGGAUGACUACGUCUUCUUUGUUGGUGGCAUUCCACCCGGUCACUUUGAAUUGCGCAAAGCCAUGAAAGAGUAUGGUUUAUCCACAAGUGGCUUCCGAGGCCGUAUUGGCCUGGCAACUUCAGGAGAUCACAUGCUUGGUUCCAUUCUGAUUGACUCCUAUACGAAGACACCGAUCCGUAACUACGGAGACACGCGAUUUGCGGAUAUACGUCAGACAGAAGAGGCCUAUGCCAUUAAAAACACCUCACCAAGCAAUCAGUACUGCCUGACCCUCAUGCCUCUGACCAACUACACGAGCUUCGAGUUGAAACCGAACAAGUUCUCGGCACCUUGGCUGCCUGAAAUCAGCAUGACCGUGCGUUUCCGACCUGUCGGCAAUGACGAAAUUAACCUGCUUCGAAUGCAAGUAGCUGAGCAAAACAAUCUCUGGUUCCGAGUAUGGCUGACUUCGGAUCUGCGUGUUGGAAUAGCGAUUCCCAGUGAUCCAACCAAGUUUAUUACAAGGGAGAUCUUUGGUGCGCCAGUCAUUCGAGAUCCAGCCAACAACCUUGCCGCGUUGAAGGCUCGGGAGGCACAGGUCUUCCAACAGCCUCUAUUCACUGAAUCCGUUCUCACGCUUCGUUUUGGUGGACCCGAAUUCACCAGACUAACCGUCCUCUUUGACCAACGCCCAGUUCAUACAUGGAAAUUAAGUCAAUCCAUUCCAAAAUCUGCCGUGUUACAAGUUUACGUCGGUCCUGAGUUGAAUACUCUUUCUUACUACGGCUUCUCUAUCAGUAAUCUGAUCAUUGGAAAGCACCGUGUUGACUUUGCCAACGACGUGGUUGAUAGCCUGCGCAAUAGGCCCUUCUAUCGUUUCGGUGAGUGUGGAGGUCAACUUCGCCCGAGGUUUUUAACUCCAGCAGACGAAAGUCACCCCUCUCCAACUACUGAAUUCGUCUACCAGGGUCUUGACCUGUCUGCACCGCCAGCCGGCCGCCGUUUGCGCUCCGUCUUUGAAGACUGUGGUGACAUCAACCCGCAGUUGUGUGACGCAAUCAGCGAUAAUGUUACCAAGGAGUGGCCAAUCAUUAUCCAUUCACUUCUUUCGCCUAAACCGUCCCGUAGAGUUCGUGUUCGCAGCAUGCAGUACGCUGGGAAUGGAAAAAGCGCGAAGAACUGUCGAGAGGCGCAGGCAUUGUCGGCUUGGUUUAACGGUGAAGCUCAUUGGGAAGUGGAAAAUAUCGCCAAAGUGCUAAGUGGAAAUCCGGACUUCCGAGUGACCAUCGGCUUCCGUACACGGGAACAAAACGAUUCCAAAAACACAGUCGGACUCCUAGGAGCCUUCAAUUUCGGUUUCAAGGCUGGCACCUUCUUCAUUCUCCUCGGCGAGCGUCAAAUCCACUUGGUAGUGGAGAGUGGUGCUGAUGGAAAUAGCGAUUUUUACUGGUCAUCUCCACUCCUAGAUCUUCGUGGCAACGCCUGGCAUCGGCUGGAACUCCUCCCUGUCAAUAUGGAAACAAAAGACGCUCGGCGUGGCGUUCAAAUCACCAAAAUGCGGUUCAUUCUUGACUACCACGAGGCGUGGAUUGAAGAGCCAAUUACUUGGCGUGUACCAGUGAAUGCGUUCAUUGGCGGCUACCCAACCGCCCGUACAGUACGGAUGGGCUCGAAGACUGUGAAUUUGGCAAAUUUGUUUGGCUGUGUGGAUGAGUUGGCAUUGGGUGGACAGGAAUUUGAUUUAUCAAAAUCCAGACUACCACCCUGUCCGGAUUGCUUUGUGCUAGACGCCAAAGCCGUUCAUGUGCUGCCGAAGGUUCAGGAUAUUAUUCAACCUGAUCGUGGUCUACUUCUGCCGCUCAAUUUGAACGUUGACUCCAAGGCCACGGAAAACAUGACCUCCGUCAAAUUCUCCUUCGAAGUCCUCUAUGAUGCACAAGUGAUAGGCGUGGAAAGUCUCUUCGUGAUGGUCUUUGAGAAUUUGAACGAACCCGAGGAGCCAAUUCGCAUAUGGAUCUACCUUGAUCGCUACAUGGUCUACGUCACCGAUAUAACAAUGGAGGAGAAGGUGAGUUUCAGUAUCAGCACUGUGGAACCACUCGCCUGGCACUACGCCUCGGUGAAGAUCAGUAUGCAGGAAUUUGCGUCCAUCAUUGAAAUCAGUACCCAAGGCGAAUCUGCCCAAUCCUUGAUUAUGAAUACUGUAGGUCCUCUAAGAGGUAUCUUCUACGGUUCUGAUGAAGAAAUUACACCGCAGAUGCAAUCGGAUCACCAUAGUGGAGCAGUGGUGCCGCCUUUCAUGGGAUGCCUGAGGAACUUAAAAUUGUUCAUUGAUGAACGCAUAGAGGCAGAAGUUAAAUUUCCAGAAUCCGCUCAACAUCUCGUACACGGUGUUUGUACACUCUGA